GCCGCUUGUUUGCCGGUAAUGCCGGUACUUACUACUUAUUUUACGAUCUUAACCUAGCAGUUGGUCUUAAAAAAAAAUAGAUGUGUUUAAUGAAUCGUGUAAUCAAACUUAUUUGAGAAAAUGGCUUUAACAAAACCGAAAUCAGAAAUGACUGCUGAAGAAUUACAAGCCAGGGAAGAAGAGGAAUUUAAUACCGGACCUUUAUCAGUUUUAACGCAGUCAGUAAAAAACAAUACCCAAGUACUUAUAAAUUGUAGAAACAAUAAAAAGUUAUUAGGUCGUGUAAAAGCAUUUGAUCGACAUUGCAAUAUGGUAUUGGAAAAUGUUAAAGAAAUGUGGACUGAACUACCUCGCCCUGGCAAAGGCAAGAAGAAAGCUAAACCUGUAAAUAAAGAUCGCUUUAUAUCUAAAAUGUUCCUUAGAGGAGACGCUGUUAUUUUAGUUGUGCGAAAUCCCCUUGCUACUGCGAACUAAUAUUUAUUAUGUUCAAAUUAAUAUCAAUUAUAGUUCUGUAAUUUGUAACUAACGAAAAUAUAAAAAUGUAGGUACAAAUUUCUCAUAUUUUCAUAUUUUUAUUAAAUGUAGAAAUACAAACAAGAUAAACAAAUUUAUAGACAAUGGUGCAAAGGAAAAAUAACUCAUUAAUAAUUGAAAAUAUAUAUCAAAUUCAAAAUUAUAAAUAAACAGGAAAAUAUUCACGUCAGAGAAUCAGGACAAUGAUAUAGUGUGAAUUUUAAACCAGUGUUUACUAAAUAAAAGGCGUUUUUUUGUUUCUAAAUAAUGUAAUGUUAAUUUAUAUGGAUAAUAAAUAUUUGUCAUACUUUGCUA